GAUUGCAUAAAAAAAUUCUGUUCUCAGAUCAAAGACGAAGAAUCGUUGAGAUAUUUAACGGAAUUGAGACAAGUUACCGUGGUCUGUAUCAAUAUGGUUCCCAGUGAGUGUACUGUGUACGAGUUGAUUUCUCUGGCGGACCAACUCUUCGAAAUUAUUCAAAAUAUAAUCGAAGGAUAUUUUGGAUGCCCGUACAUGGUGAAUCUAUGCGAAAAGGAUAUAUCGUUUUAUAUCAUAUACGGAAUGAAAAGGUAUCAUAAUAGCGAGGAAGAGAAAGAAAGAGGGAGCGAGAAGAAUAAUGCAAAGAACGCGUUAUUGACCUCGCUUCAAAUAAUAAAAGAAGUAAAACGCGUCUCUGGUAUCAAAGCGGUUCUGAUUGGCAUCUCGACUGGUAUAGCAUUCUGCGGAGUAAUAGGUCAUGCCGUUAGAAGACAGUACAUGAUUUUUGGUACGCCUGUCCAGAAAGCGAUUUCUUUGGCGAUUGUUUCAUUCAAUACAAUAUGUUGCGACUACGAUACCGUUCUAAACAGUGCUCUGCCCAAGGAAAAAUUUCUUUCGCAAGGUAUAAAGAUAUUGAGGAAGUUUGGAAAAUGUCACGUUUAUGAAUUCUCGGCUAAAGAUCCGUCUUCCAGGAAAACCGAAUUACUGUCGAACUUGGAGUAUGUUUAUCCCAUUCUUGGCCGAUAUAAUGAAAUAGAAUACUUCAAGGAUAUUCUAGAUGACAUCGGAGUGGCAGAACGUGUUUAUUCCGGAUUGCUUAUCGAAGUUCUGGUCGAAACGUACAAAUUUCGGUAUAUGCAAUUAAAAUCAGAAAUUUCAUUUUGAUUAAUCGCAUAGGGCUGUGAAAGAUCUGGCAAAUCGAGGAUUCUCGACGCUUUUGUCACAAUUGUUCGAAACAGACAAAUAAAGCUCGUUCAACUUUCUUUGCAUCCAUCGUAUUCGGAGAAAGCUUACGCUGUACUGUACCAUGUGUUUCUCCAACUUUUCGAAGCUGAAGAUUGCUCGACCAUCGAGGAUCGUGAAAAAAUUCUAUCGUACACGCUGUCCAAAGUACUGGAGCCAGAGGAUUUUUGUUACCUGAAUCCCAUCAUGAGAGUACAGUUUCCUCUAUCAAAGAAAUAUUGCGAGGAUACCGAUUGGCAGCGUCACAAAAAAGCCACCGAGAUCUUCGAAGAUAUAUUAAACGAGGUCAUUGGUUGCUUGUGCAUCCUCCUGGACGACGUGCAAUACAUGGAUCUUCUUUCCUGGCAAUUUUUAUCCUCUACUUUGAAUAAUAACCGCGUGGUUGUAGGCAUGACGAUAAUGGAAUCUACUUCUUCGGAUAAUUUAUCUCAAGUCGAAUCUGGCAUUUACCAAGAUAAAAGACUGAUGAACAGAAUGCUGGACGGAUUAGAGCCGAAAUAUUUGACAGCGUUUGCUUGCCAAUUUUUAAACGUCAUUGCGAUUCCUGACGCUCUCGACAAGUAAAUUCACCUAGUCUCUUUCUAUCGAAACGUCGUACGGGUGUAUCAAUCGCUUGAUUCGUUUAGAAUCCUACAGCAACGUAGUAAAAAUAUGAUUUGCUGGUGCGAAGCGUUCUUGAUGUCAGCUAUACAAGUUAAUUCAUUGGAAGUUAUCACGAUAUCGCCUAUGGAAGCGGCUCGCUAUGAUCUCGUUUUCCCAGAGCAAUCGCUAUUGUCAAAGAUCCCAGCAUAUUUGACACCUGAAGAGUUGGCACCACCGUUAUACUGGACGCAGAUGAACGCGUUGAACGUAUGCAUAUUGUCCAAACAGACGAGAGGUUUCGUUGAACCCAACCGAGACGUUAUAGGCUUGAGAAUCGAUAUCUAUAACAGAAUGAACUUCUACGAGCAAAAUUUCGUCAAGUGUGCGGCAACUUUGGGUGACAUUUUUCUACGCAGUAUGUUGGACCAGGUCAUGGUUGACGCUACACCGAUAUACAUACAAAAAGGAAGUAUUAAUUUGAAAAGAAAUUUCGCAAUUACCAUAUUCUUCCUGAUUACUUUAGCCGUAGCAGAGAUGAUCAAGUUAAGGAUUUUGGAGUGCGCUAUGGUCCAGAGAAAAUUCUAUCACUCGGAAGAGUCACUGCAUCACAUAUUCAAACAACAGAAAACGUUCAGCAACAUGCAUCAUUUGGUGAUUUGCGAAUGUCAAGCGACCCCUAUAUUUGUCAAGAAAACGUUGCCUUCGUACGCUUAUUGUAAAAUGUUGAAGUUCACAAUAGCCUCGUUUCGCAAAUUUUUUUACGAUGUGCUCACGCCACACGAAAAGCAAGACUACCACUCGAAGGCUGUAGACGAGUUUGAAAAGGAAACUUCAAAGUGUAAUACCUGUGGCGGAGGCAAAUUUUUCAUAACGACCUCGAAGGAUGAGCUCGACGCAGUCGAAAUGUCGCAGGAAUUAAAUCUAGCGGCACAGAAAAGAAAACCGUUCCAGACUCGAUACGAUAAAUUAGAUACUAGACGAAGCACAAUUUUUGCUACCGAUAUUAACAACGAUAAGAAGCGUGAGAAUGCGAGUAUUCGCAGGAUUUCCAUUUUGCCAACAUAUACUGACGAAACCGAUGAUCAUACGGAAAGCCGAGACACGAAGACGGAAGGCGAUGCAUCUAAUUUAAUAAAAAAGACGAGUCGAUCUACUAUUUUGGAUACCGUAUUAGAGGAUUCAUGGGACAGCCGUUUGGAGCAAUUUAGCUACAUUGAUUAUCGUAAUUGCAGAUGUAUUGAAGUAAUUGAUUAUGUCUUCUGGAAGUUGCAUCAUCACAUUUUACGGUCUGACGAUUCUGAGAAAUUUGUUACGUUUAUGUUGAACUACAGCGCAGGUUUAAUCGAAACCGGGCAGCCUCUCUCUGCAAUCAAAUUUCUCGCGGCCAUGAUCACUAAUUUCGAUAUCGCAGAGAUCAAGGAAAAGUCGGAAGUUGAAGCUAUAGAUCAAGCUAUUGACAAGAAAAAAUACUUAAUUUUAAUGGGGGAUGCUUACAUUGCCUGUGGAAAUUAUUCUCAAGCGAAGAAAUUUUAUACCGACGCUGUGAUGUUGAAUGGUGAACUACCGCAGAGCGCCAAAGCAAUCUGUUACAAUAUUGCGUUGGAAAAAGUGCGGUAUAAGAUGCUAGGUAUUCCCAGUCGUACCGAAAAUAAAAAAUCCGAGAAGGAGGUUGCUGAGAAGAUAGAGCACGCUAUCGCUCUGCAACGAUUGUCCAUGGCUUCGAUGCUGCAGAACGAAAUGAAAAUGGCGGAACUUACCAUUUUGCAGAGUCUUCGAAUCGCGUUCGGAAGCCCCGACGGCUUCUUGGAGAAAGGAGAGAUUUAUUUAUCCGCUGUGCAAACUUUUCGACAGCUCCAAGAACCAUGCAUGAUAAAGUCCCUGGAGAUACCGAUAUUAUCAAUGAUUAAAGAGAAGCUUGUUUGGAACCAACCCGAAGAAAUGAUAUUGGUAGCUCGGAUCUAUCAGACAAUAUUCGAAACCAGAAUACUACAGGGCAAGCUGGUGGAAGGUAUCGAGGUUGGAAUAAAUAUCUGUAAAAUAUGUAAUUGUUUGCACUUGAAUAAGAUGAAGCUUGCUAUACUACCGUCGCUGAUAGAAGCUAUGGUUUGGACGAAGAAGAUAUACGAAGCUGUCGAUUUGCUGUACGAAUUGUAUCAUCUCUCUAACAGGGACGUAGAUUAUUCUGCUAUCAUAUGGUACUAUGCUCUGUGCAUGGAAUUUUUGUUAGACGCUGCCAUGAUCUUGGAAACAUACGAAACUUGUUAUAAUUUCUAUAGAAACGUUGUAGCUUUCAGAUCGAACACUUGUGCCCUACGGGAUCCAGAGAGUGUGUUGCGUCUGACAAAUUGUCUAGCUAUCUGGCAAUUGAGAAUGAACGUAAUAGUGACCUCUACGUUAGUGGAAGACGUCGUUGAGUUAAAACCUCAGGUCACGCGUAAUAACUUUCAGAAAAUAUGCAACUGUUUCAAGGCACUCGAGUGUUAUUUGUUAAUACUGAAGCGUCAAAUUCACAUCCGACGAUCGAGCGAUCUGUUUAAUCGACUGGAGAACGCCAAAACGAUUAUCAAGUUCCUUCGUAACGAGUCUCUAUCCGCACCAUUUGUCAAACCAUUCUUGUACUUAUUACAAUCUUACAUGGAACUGCUGUGUGCUCGAAAAUUACGGUCUCAAUCAAUCCUCGUAAAGGCGUGCAAAUUCGCUUCCUCUCAGGAGAACAAAUUGGUUCAGGCUUGGAUCGAACAGAACAAAAGGAUCGAAUGCAUGUCGUAGACUUGGGAGGAGAGUAAUUAUAACAGUAUGGCGCAGUAUUGGGUGGAACACAUAGGUGGUAUGGACGGAAUCCGGUGGGAAGAGAUUCACUCGUUCAGUGUGAGCGCUUGGUCGACCAUAUUGUACCCGUUUCCACCUCCAUAUUCUAGUUUUUAAUAGUCAAUUCCUAAUGUAUUCUGACACGCGCCU